AUGCUCUGCCAAUAUUUACUGAUUGGCUGUUGGUUCCUCUCAGGUGCACAUGGCACGCUUCCAAAUACGCGUCGUUUGAGAACAAUCGAAGCAGAGGGCAGUGAUGUGUUACUGCCUGUUCCCAAAAAGCGAAAAACUUCGAUUGCAAGACCGGUGCAGUCGUCCGACACAGAUCUCAGCGGGGUCUAUGGAGAUCAUGAGCCUAUGGCCGUUGAUAGCAGGAAAACUCCUGUCCAACACGGAAUCCUGCGGCAAAGAUCUCGCCAAAAUCUAUUAUUGUGGAGCACUCCCGAUUAUCAAAUUCAUGUCUUGAAAAGGUCCGGCGGACUUCCAGUGCGAGUCGCUUCGAUCAAGAAAGAUUUGAUCCUGCUUUUAGACCCGAUGGCGCAACUCACAGAAAGGUUGAGCCACAUCCUAGAUAGAAUGGGAUCCAAAGAAUCAUCGUCCAUUCUGGAGGCCGCCGAAACAUUCAUCAAUUCUGAGAAGAAAAUUGAGAUGAUGGUCCAAUUGAAGCUUUUCGAGCUAGGAGAAUCUGCGCUCACCAUGGAAGAGGUCCAGCAACUGUUUGCAGUAAACCGCAAAGCCGAUCAAAAAAUGACACUUCCUCCUAUCCUACAUCCAGACGAUCUGCAGAGGGAAUGCCAGCGACAGGGGGAAUCAUUUUUGGAGGAGAUGAAGGCAAUGAAGGACAAGCUUAUCAUUGCUGAAUCUGACUUCUACUUGGACAAAGUAAAAGCUACAUCAUCGCCAGUCAUGGAGUAUUUUUGCCAAGUAGUUGAUCUUUUGUACAAGAACAACUUUGUCAAAAGAGAUAGUGUGAGAAGCGCAUUUGGACUUGAAGAGGCGCAAAAAUUGGAGCAAUUGUCUGAUUACAUCUACUCCAACUUUUGGAAACAAACGCGUGACACUAUUUACAAUUCUCAAAUUGCCAUCACUCAACACUGGUACUUGCGGAUCUUGAAUAAGUCUUUUGAGGGUAAGCACAUCCUGAUAUGCUUUCUAAACAGCUAG